AGUCAGCAGUGUGAGAACACAGAAGGGUCCUUCAACUGCCUCUGUCAGGACGGGUUCACACUGGCUUCUGACGGGCAAGACUGUGAGCCUGACAAUCCGUGCAGUGCAGAAAAUGACCCGGGAUGUGACUCCGGCUGGUGUAUCACUAACGACCUCGGUACGGCAGAGUGCGUCUGGUAGGGCGGGGUAUGUGCUGUCAUCUGACAACAGGACAUGUGAAGACUAUGACGAGUGUUCCGCCGGUGGUCACCACUGUUCUCAGCUGUGCAACAACACCGCUGGGGGGUACAGCUGCUACUGUGGAGAGGGGUACUACACUGAUGAAGACAAGGGCCAUCUGUGUUUGGACAUUGAUGAGUGCUAUGAGGGGGCAGACAACUGUACAGACCUGGAGACGUGUGAGAACGAUCCCGGCUCCUUCCACUGUACCUGUACAGAGGACGCUGUACUAGUGGGAGACACAUGCGUGCUUGUGACUUCAACUCCAGCCGUGAAAAUAAAAACGACCAGUCAGGCCACAACCUAUCAGACUACCACUUCCAGCACAUCUAUGGAACAACACUCCAGCCUUCUUCAGACCACCACGACUUCUACUACUACUACUACUACUACUCCUGUAGCUCCCACCUCUACUGAAACCACCACACCCAGGUCUUCUGCAAUGACUAGUACCCCGCGUUCUCCUGCCUACCGUGUUACUAUCCCUCCAGCCACCACCAGCACCAGUAGUGUAACGAGCACCACUGUUCCCACUACCGCGUCCAAGUCAUUCACUGCAACCGCUAGCAUUGCUGCUUCCACUACCUCAAGCACCACUAACACUUCAACGACCAUUACCGCUACUGUAACAACACCAUCUACUGCCGCCACUAUUCCCAAUUCUUCCCGCAAACUCACUACGGCCACCGGUACAGUCACUGUGGUUCCUCUAGAGCCCGUGGAAUCUACUACAGUAACUAACAAUGCUCAGUCCGAAACUACUGGUAAACAAUUUUCGGGUACUACUACCACCCAACCUCCCGAUACACCAACCAGGAGUGAAGCAACUGAUAUACAACUGAUAGAGGAUCCAACUGCUCUGAGGCCGCAUGAACAGAACACAGUGGUUCUGACCAUUAUGAUGACAAUAGGCGAGUUUACUAAUGAAGUAAGGAUGGACUUCAAGAACAGAGUUGCUGAGAUCAUGUCGUCUCACUGCCGAAGGCUGGUGAGGGAAGAGCGGGAAUGCCAAAGGAGAGAUGGAGACAGGAAACGACGAUCGCCAAGCCCGAUUGUCUUCACCCCUGCCCACGUGUACAUCCCCGUUGGUUACCCCCGACAGUCCGCUACCAGAGACGGCAUCCUGCUCGCCUUCUUCAUCAUCCGCCCAGACUCUGCCGACGACUUCCUUCCUUUCCCAGUCGACUCCAUCAUGACAGCUGUGACGAGCAACCAGCUACAACUACAGCAAGAUCUGGGCUCCAAACCGAUCAUUAACAUGUUGCCUUACGAACAGUAUCUUUAUGGCAUCACUGCUUCGUCCACUGCAGACACAACCACCGAUGAAGGCAGUCCAUCAGGAAAGCCAGAAGAGGACGCCGAGUUCCCCGUGGUUGCAGUAAGCGUAGCUGCUGCUGUGUUGGCCGUGGUGGCUCUGGCGACUGCAGUCGUUGUCGGUCUGAAGAAGAGCCAAACCACUUCGCACCGUGUGAGAGAAGCGCCACCUUACAGCCUGACACCGGCACUGCAGUACGACGAAUCCGUGAAGUGUUUGAAACCAACUAAGGAAGUCUGGGGAACAGACAAUCCAGUCAUCACCAUGGACAGCAAAGUCUGAGGGUUUCUAUAAUAAUACAUGGCAUAGAAGUACCUAAAUAUUCAUAGCUGCGUUGCAUACAGCACAGAAGAGUGUGGCUUGCUUUAUGUGUAUACUCGUAUAUUCAGAUUUUCUUUAAGUGACAUUCUCGAAAUAUCACAAAGCAUCAUUAUACUAAUUCAAAGUGAUUCUUAUCUCGUGACAUAUAGCUUUUCUAUAGUGGAAUCGUUCUAACACGAUACCUUUGCCCGUAGUUUUACAAACAUAUAUGCGUUGUCUUCAGGUGAAAUUGACAAGCAGGACAAAAGACGUAAUCGAUUAUCAGACUACCAAUUUGGAGCAUGGAUCAUAAAUCAAAUUUGCGAUAUAAUCCAGACUGAUGAUUCGUAUUGUGAAUUCAUAAUGUUUUUUUACAUAUCGGAUGUAUAGAAUUGAUGCAUACUUCUUGCAUAAUAUUACUAAUGUAAAAGUUAUGUUCUCUUUUUACAAAUUAAUACUUAGCUUUCAUGUUUAACAAACUUGGUUGACAAUCUUAUGUCUACAGUUACAUGAGUGCAAACACUUUAUAUGGGACAUUAUGACACAGAGUUCACAUUUUAAUGGACACCAUGAGCAAAAAUGAAGCAUAAAACCUGUGAAAUAUCAUGCAGCCCCUUUAUUUCUUUAUAACGAUCACUGUACUUUAUUUGAAUAGAGCUGUGUAAUAAUCCGUGUAUUUUAUGACACCAUCCAUUGCCUUGGAUUGCGAUGGAGAUGCCGGCGCUAAGCAGUUCGAGAAUGUCUUACUCGGUUGGGUUAAGGCGUCCUAGGCUUAUGGGAAAGUAGUAUUCUAUACUUAUGCUUGUAACUUUUAAUAGCUUGGUCGCACCGCGACGAAACUUCACACAGUUUUAGUUGUACAUGAAACGCAUCGAAU